AUGGGAUUAAGCCAUUCUUCGCAUUAUUCACACGUUUCUCAUGUGAGAAGCGUAGCAACAUUCAAUGAAAAAGUUAUUAUUUCACCAUAUGAGGACAUUUACCCAAGACGGGAUCUUUUUGAUUUUUACGGUAAUGAGACAUACCGACCUCAGUUUGAUCUAUUAAUCCAAGGCUAUCAGGCCCUUAAGGACCGUCCGUAUGAAGAUAUGAGAUCAUAUUAUCAGGUCUCUGGUAUACAUGGUUUGCCAUAUACUGCCUAUGAUGGUGUUACUGGUUCUGAUCCAUACAAAUCGUCCGAAAUUUCUGAAGGUCGUUGGGGUGGAUAUUGUCAACAUGGAAGUGCUUUAUUCCCGACUUGGCAUAGACCAUAUAUGUUUUUAUUCGAAAAUUUGUUAAUUAAUGAAGUUAAACAAAUUGCCUUACAAUAUCCUUCGAAUCAAAGAAAUAAAUAUAUUGAAGCGGCUAAACAACUUCGUCAUCCUUACUGGGAUUGGGCUGAUGAAAAAGCUGCUAAAGGUGUUCCUGAUAUUUUUUUGACUCCUACUAUUGAAAUAAACACUCCAAAGGGCAAGAAAAAUGUGUCUAACCCGUUAAGAAACUAUAUAUUACCCACAAAUCUUUCAAUACCACUACAAAAAGGACAAAACCCAACUGAUAAACCAAAUUAUCAUAUUCCAAACAUGACAUAUAAUCCAUAUACUCCAAAAGGAUAUACAACCAUUCGACAUCCAAACUCUAAUUAUGAAGAUCAAUACGAUUUAUUAAAUCAAAAUUUUUCGAUUUAUGUUCCUUCUGUAUUAAGACCAGCCCUUUAUCAAAUGUAUCAUAUCUCCAAUUACUUACAUUUUAGUAAUCAUAUUGUAACUUCGAGUGAUCAUGAAAUGCCUGAAUCAGACCCUGGUCAUCCAGAACCAGAUCCUAAAUUAAACGUUGGAUCUGCUCAUUUCGCUUCAAUUGAAACAGCUCAUGAUGGUCUCCAUUUAAUAGCUGGUGGUCUUGGAGGACAUAUGACUUAUGUUGAUAUAACCGCGUUUGACCCUUUAUUUUAUUUUCACCAUAUAAAUUGUGAUCGAUUAUUUGCUCUUUGGCAAGGAGUAUUUCCCGAUAGCUGGGUUCCUCAAAAUAUAAAUGGAAAUGGUACUUAUACAGAAGGUAUGAAUUAUGUGGUUAACGAAUAUACAGAUUUAGAACCAUUUCGAAAAUCAGAAACUGAAUUUUGGAGAUCCUCAGAUGUUCGUGAUAUAACAAAACUUGGUUAUACUUAUCUUGAGUUGGAAAAAUUCAGGGGUAAAGAUCCAAAUGUAUUACAAAACUAUCUACUUGAACUUUAUAAACCUGAUCCACAUUAUGGUACACGUUUUUUCGUAAAAGUUACCAUAGAGAGAGGUAAAUUAGUUGGUCCAUACGCUAUUAGAGUUUUCGUUGAUCUACCAAGUGCGAAUGCCGCAACUCCCGUAACUUCUCCUCAUUUCGCAGGUUUUGUUGCCAUGUGGCAGAGUACUUUAAAACAUAAAAAAAAUUCUUUUGUUGUAGGUACUGUCGAUAUUACUGCCGCUAUGGUAAGAUUGGGAAUAAGAACGGAACAGCAUGGGUAUUUGCAUGAUGUUAAUUCUACAACGGGCUUGUUAAAACCGACUUCUCUUUUCAACAUUGGUACUGAUAUAAACAUUGUUCCUGUUAUGAUGAAUGGUUAUGAAGUUAGUCCAAAAGAUGCUGGAGUUACUUUAGUUCAAGUUUUCUCGUUCGAACAUGAUAAAGUAGAUAAGAAUUUUCUGGUUGAAAGUUCAGGGGAAUUUCUUUCCUUUAAAAAAUUUUAA